GCACGUCUGUCUGUCUCGCGUUUCCAGGCCAUUUCUAUAAAAGGAGAAGCCCCCCAAACUCUCGCUUCUGCAAUUAAUUCUGCAACUCCGGGAGAAAACGAGACUAUCGCUUCUGUCACUGCCCUGUGUGGAGUACACAAGACCAGAUCAACAGCUUCAGUUGAGUAAGUUCCCCCACUAACCAGCCAUCAUGUCUGACGCCAGCAGAGCCAAGAAGUCCGGUAUUGGAUAUCAGAUCGAACAGAAGAUGGAAACCAGCUACGAUCAGCUGGAUCAGGAUGGUACACCCGAUGCUAUCAGAGCGUGGAUACAGGCUGUUCUUGCGGGAGAUGAGGAGGCAGGGACACUGAAAAGCAGCAAGCAAAGGGACCUCCACGAGUGGCUCAAAUCUGGUUCCAUUCUCUGCAAACUCAUCAACCAACUCCUGGCUGGGAUAGGCCAGCCCCCAGUUAGCUUCAAGAAAAAGGCACCAAAUACAUUCGCUGCCUUCGGCAACAUCGAGAAUUUCAACAAUGGCUGCACGACCUAUGGCAUGAAGAAGGAGGCCCUGGUGCAGUCGGUGGAUCUGUAUGAAGGCAGGAAGGGUCCCUUUGUGAACGUCAUCAACACCCUCCACAGUCUCGGCAUGAAGGCUAUGGAAAAUGGUUUCCAAGUCACCUAUUUGGGUGUAAAAGCUCCUACGCUAGAUAGCUAAACACCUUCAACUGCCUCCAACUGGAUCUAACCAGACCUAUCUGGCCUCGGCCGGCUAGAUCCUGCCUGCCAUGUUUUAACAGCCUCAUGUCUAUUCUUUCAAGUCUUUAUUCUUUUCAUUAUAUAUCUCUGCAAUUUAUGUUUUAGUUUAACUGUUGUUGUUCUAUACCUAAACUUCAGCACUCUUGAUACCCUUGCAUGAACAAAAUUUCCAAACAACACAAUAUAAUACUCACAUCUUUCAUGGAAUUUCUAGUUAACUGAAGUUAAACAAAAUACCCCUAAUGUUUUAUCCACGGCUUUCAUUAAUAUUUUGAUAAGCGUGAGUAUUAUUUCAAACUACCCAUUUUCCAGUCUCAUCUAAGAGCACAUUUCCCCGGGAAAUGUAGUUAGUUGCUUAUAGCUGGUAGUAUAUCACACUGCCUGAAUGCUUAACAGAAAACUAUUUGUUGGACAACUUGUUAUUUCUUGAUUUGUACAUUGUAUGACGCUGCCCUCAGGGCACUGCCUCAUGGGGACUGAUUAAAUACUCAUGUCUCAGCACUCAUUGAGCAGCAUUUUUACAAAUAAACUUGUUAAAAUUC